GCAAUGUGGAGGAAGCUUUGAGAAUCUCCAAAGAGAUUAUACAGGCACGGACAAGCAUCCUUGGGGCUGCUCAUCCAGACACUCUAGCAGCGAGAUGCGACAUGGCUACAUACACGGCGAAUGCAGGGGACAUUGAAGGGGCGUUGAAGUUCGAAGAGAGAACACUGGAGGAUUACCGACGCAUUUUAACGGAAGAGCAUCCAGACACCGUUCGCCUCAUAGGCAGAAUAGCCAACAACUACUCUCUUCUAGGGGUGCCGCAGAAGGCGCUUUUACAUGGUGAAGAGGCAUUCAGAUUGAGCAUGCAGGUAUUUGGAAAAGAUCACCCGCACACGAAGUUGUUAGUGGAGGCGGUAGAACUAUACCGAGCAAAUGCCACUCCGCAACACAGAAUGGAAGACGAACAUGUGAGUAGUGCAGCUUCAUAG